AGUAAUUUGUUUGUCACUUAGUUAGGGCUAGGCUUCCACUAUAAACUAUGGAAGAUGUAGCACCUUACACUGAGAUAGAUCGUCUUGAUCUACGAAUGUAUUCUGAUGAAGAAAUUGAAAAAAUAUCUGUUAUGCAAGUAACAUCAGAAGAAUCCAUAAACAACAUGGGACAUUGUUGUAAAGGGGGUCUAUAUGACCAAAGAAUGGGUGUGAUGAUGAGGAUUUCCACUGGCGUGUGUGAAACAUGUCACCUCAAUGCAGAGAAAUGUAUGGGUCACUGUGGCCAUAUUGACAUGCCUGUACCUGUCUACAAUCCUGUCUUCUUGACUCAUCUCUACAAGCUUCUUCGUAUUGUGUGCUUUGGCUGUGGCUCAAUUCCAGCAAAUUCCAUGGAUGUACUGCAACUACAGUACCAACUGAAGCUGCUGUCUGAGGGCUACAGCCAUGAAGCUUUGGGUGUGUGCCAGAUCGUGUCAGAAGUCAGGGAGGAUGAGAUACAAGUUGACGCAGAUGGGAAGGAAACUAAAGCCACCGGUGCUGCUGUAACUAUGCUCAUGUCUCUCAAGGCUAAACUUGAUGCUUACUACGAGUCUGUUUCUGCUAGAGCAGCGGAUGAAGGAUCACGCGUGUACACAUCCACAGUUCGGUCCGUCAGAGACGAGUGCGUCAAAUCCUUUAUAUCAUCACUAAAACCAAGACGCUUCUGCCCAAACUGCAAAUACCCUUCCUUUUCUGUCAUCUACAGGAUGAGUCAGAUGAUUGUUGCGCCUAAGGCUACACAUGCAGGUAAAGGCAAGAGGGAUGACGCUGUGGUGUCCGGUAUCCUAGACUUGGACCUCUCACGUCAGUCCGUCCUGACUCCGUUACAGGCUCGGCAGCUGCUACGGGAAGCCUGGAAGAGCGACAGCAUGACGCUGUCACAAAUAUUCCCCGUAUUGAACAAUUCCCCCACAAAGCACCCCACGGACCUGUUCUUCAUCUCCAAGCUGCUGGUUAUCCCCCCCAAGUACAGGCCUCUGGUCCGCAUGGGGGACCUCUUCUUGGAACACGACAGUGUCGUUCUUCUUAAG